AUGUACCGCUGCUGUAUCAUGUUAUCGUGUGCAUCAAAAAAAAUCCAGAUUACCUGUUUUUCCGCUUGCUUCCUCGCGAAGUCCUUCACUACCAGGGUGUGCUCCUUGGACAGACAGUGGUUCUUGACGGUGGAUUUCUUUAUCUGGAGCGACUCCUUGCACGCCUGGCAGUAGAGGCCGCCGCCCAGAAGUUCCAGCCUCUGGCCCGGAAAGUCCUUGACCCUCUCGUGGGCACCCACCACAGGUUUGACAACAAUCUUUUUCUGCCACAGCCUCCCACUGCGGCAGCUUUUUGCGCUUGCCUCCCACCGCGUCUCUCUCCUCUUCCUCCUCCUCCUCCUCCUCCUCCUCCUCGUCUCCCUCCUCACCAUCGUCGCGUGGUUUUCUCCGAUCUUUGUUUACUCUGACUACCCUGGUCUUGGCGAUGUGGGCCGCUGGCCGGGGUGCUGCUGGGGUCGCUGCCGCUGCUUCCACCACCUUGUGGCGUUUGUUGUUGCGCCUCCUCGGUGGGCCUGGCACCCUUAGGACGGGCGCGUUAGGAACAAAGUUGAGUAUGCUUUGCUGAACCGCACCAAGGCCACCGGAAGAGGGAUCUUUCGGUGGAUUCCUCCUCGUAUCAGUCGAUCCGCGCUGCUGCUGAUCCGGAUUCGAAGGCCGCACGACCUCCACCUCGGAGUCCGAGCUGGAACUUGAGCUUGAGCUUGAGCUUGAGUUAGAGCUAGAGCUAGAGCUGGAGGAGCUGGAGCUGGAGCUGGAGCUGGAGCUGGAGCUAGAGCUGGAGCUUGAAGAGCUAGAGCGUGCCAUGCCCAGCAGUCCGCGCGCGGGCGUGUGUGCGUGUGGAGCCCACUGUUGUGUGCGUGUCUUCGGAGAGCGCGCGCGCGCUAGUUGUACUCCUAUAAGAUCGUCUUCAUGUCUGUCUUAUGUGUAUGCACUUAUGUCAAGUGUGACACUCACAUCAGAUGUCCAACGAUCGAGCAUCAGGCGGCAGGCGCGCUUAAGAUGCCAGCGCACAGCCACUAUGCUCAGCAAAGGAGCCGUGUAUGCUCCUCGCACAGACGAAUAUGCUCCUUUUUGAGCAAAAUAUGCUCGAGCAUCGCUAUUUUUCAAUUAUGCUUUUUUUAUGCUCCAAAUGGCCAAUUAUGCCAAACGAAAUGCUAGCCUAAUGGGCCUAAGACUAGUAUUGGUGGAGUUGGGCCGGCACUGGUGCGGCAGGUGGUGACGAGCUGAUUGGGCUGGCUGGUUGACCCUUCGGCGCGAGAAUUUUUAGACCAAGAACCCUAAGUGCAACGAGGGAGAAAGCAAGGAACCGACUGGGAUGGACAGCAACGAGAGCGUGUACGAAGCGGAGCGGGUCGAGUUUGGUCGUGCUAGGACUGGCCACAGCGGCAACGGAGCAGCGGCACCGGAGCAGCGGAACCGGAGCAGGCGGACGGCAUCGAACCGUGGCACACGGACAAACAUCUCUUGUGUUGUCAACUAUUUUUCCGUUAUUUUUCCUGAAUAUAGAUGUUGGGUGUGUGUGAUGACGUCACUGGUUUUGUUGAGAGACGCGGCAGAGAUGGCGCGGAUAACCCGGGUGCUUUUAAUUGUGUACCUGCAUCGUGGAAGACCCAUAUGGAACGAUUCCUAGUCAGUGUCGAUGUUUACACUGCUGUGCCUAACACAGAUGAUCUGGAUAGAUUCGGGUGAUUGUCAAUUGCAAUGAUGGCUUUGGUUGGGUGUUCUUCAUUGCAUGUCCACGGACUCAUUCUGACAGCACUUCAGACAGCAGCUGCAUGCCCCAAGCUUGUGUACCAUGCACCAUGGUGUUAUUAUUGUACAGACAGCGCUUCAGACAGCAGUACGCUGUAGUCGACAAACAUUCAUUUUGGUUAAGUGCGGGACAAGGGGGGUGAUGCUGUUGCUGUAGUCGAAUUGUAGUGUGUGGGCGUGUAGUUCAGCUGUGAGCAUACAAACGUGCUGCAGGGAUUGCAGGUGUACCAUCUCGGGCUUGCGUACCCUUUUCUUGCUAAUAGUGUUUGUGUUCUUUACAUCUUCUGAUGGCUCCAGCAUUUUUGUGACCACGGACCGAGUCUUUGCUAGAUUUUGGGAUCAACAACUGACACGAGUUUAAUGUGAAGAAACAACAACAACAACAACAACAACAAUCGUCGUUGUUGCCGUCUUCGGAUGGCGCGAGUGCUGCUGACCCCAUCGUAGAAGCCACCCGUUUGUCAGAGCUUCGCGAUCAACGCCGACGGGAGGAGUUCGCCUCCACGGCUUCUACUGACGCUACCGCCGUGGGUGCUGUCCUCAAAUUGCCAGCACCCACAACAGAAGCUUCGGCGUCCACCUCUGUCCUUUCGAGUACCCAGCCUUGUAUUUUUACAGCCGCUGGUGGUGUGUCCCAAGUUUUCCCGCCGGAACCACAUGUUGCUGAUUCCACUUUUCCCCUCACCUCCACUGUCGCUGACCCUUCUGCUGUUCGGGCAGACAUUGGCUUUGACAAUACUGGCNGAUGGCGCGAGUGCUGCUGACCCCAUCGUAGAAGCCACCCGUUUGUCAGAGCUUCGCGAUCAACGCCGACGGGAGGAGUUCGCCUCCACGGCUUCUACUGACGCUACCGCCGUGGGUGCUGUCCUCAAAUUGCCAGCACCCACAACAGAAGCUUCGGCGUCCACCUCUGUCCUUUCGAGUACCCAGCCUUGUAUUUUUACAGCCGCUGGUGGUGUGUCCCAAGUUUUCCCGCCGGAACCACAUGUUGCUGAUUCCACUUUUCCCCUCACCUCCACUGUCGCUGACCCUUCUGCUGUUCGGGCAGACAUUGGCUUUGACAAUACUGGCUCUGUAGUGCCACGCUUGCCUCAUGGCUCUGUUGUUGGCAGCACACUGCAUUUCGAUUACACUGUGCCGGCCAUUCCUCCUUUAUCGUCGCGAUGCAGUCGCACACAAGCCGCCGCUCGUGCACAAGGGCUUCUUGACCGUCGUGCAUCCGUUUCAGUGGCAUCUGUGCCUCUGGAUUUGACUGCUCCACGUGCAUCUGUUCCGGUGGUUUCGACUGCCUUUGCGGUUCCGACCGCUUCCAAUGCAACCGUCUCAGUGGUUUCGACCGCACCCGUUGCAUCUGCUCCUGUUGUUUCGACUGCCGUGGCUACUUCCCUUGAUUGUGAUGCACUUAUUUCUAUAGUUCCGACUACUUCAACUGCAAUU